AAAAGUAAGAUAAAGAAAAAAUGAAGGAAAAGUUUGUUGUCUGAUGUUGCUCAUCAAUUCGUCCUUUUAAUAUCAUUGAAGAUGAUGGAUUCAUUGAUAUUUUUAACGAAGCAAUUCGAAUAGGUCAGUAAUAAAACAUUGUUUUAAAUAAAUGAUAAGAAAAAUUUUUAUAGGUCAAAAAUAUAGUGGUCAAAUAAAUGUUGAAGAACUUAUUGUGUCAGCUAAAACAGUUGGAAACAAUGUGGCGACACUGACUGAACAAUAUCUAAAUUUGUUGAAGCCAGUUUUGAAAAAACAAGCAGAUGAUGGCUAUCUUUGUAUUGCACCUGAUCUUUGGACUGAUAAGCAUCGUAAAAUUGCAUAUAUUGGUUUAACGUACACAUUUGUUAAUGAUCAAUUCAAAUUUGAAACUAUUGAUUUAUGUUAUUCUGCAUAUGAUGAAUAUGAUAAAACUGGAGCAAGUGUAUAUUUUUCUAUUCGUAAACAAUUGAAGUUGUUUGAUCUUGAAUUCUAUCUCGACAAUAAAAACUUAUUGUUUAUUUCUGAUAGGAGUCCCAAUAUCAGAAAGACUCUUGAAGGUCAAUGUGUUUUGUUUUGGUUCGGCCACCGGCUCAACAAUGUUCUUGGAAAAGCAUUUUAUCAGAUAAAACCAGCAAAAGAUAAAGAACUGCAAGCUUCAACAACAGCAGCUACAUCAAAAACACGUCGUAUUAAAGCACAUGGUUCAUCUGAUGAAGGAAAUAGUUCUAAUGAUGAUGAAAAAAGCCAUCGAACUAUUGAAGAUCGAUUCGUCGAUCCGGAUGAUAAUAAUCAACCUUUAGCAUCGACCACAACAGUAACAGCUCAAACAUUUGCUGAAUUAAACAAGUAUUUAAGAAUGUCAAUCGAUGAUCAAUAUAAAAUACCAAAUCCAUUAUUUUUCUGGCAGCAUCAUCAACAUAAACUUCCUUAUUUAGCUAAAUUAGCUAGACUAUUAUAUUCGAUUCCUGCAACAUCCGCAUGUGUUGAACAACAAUUUAGUGCUGGUGAUCUUCUUAUUAAUGAACGAAGAUCAUCAUUAAAUCCUGACACUGUUCAAAAUGUAUUAUUCAUUCGGUCAAUUCAAAAAGCACUUAAGAACAAUCCAAAUUUAUUUUCUACUUGA